CGACGUCAUCCCAAGCAAGUUUCUACACAAGCACCACCAUGGAGCCUCCAAACCGACACCCUCCUCCUAGCCCUAUCCCCAUCGCCGACCCAUCCCACCUUCCGCUAUGGCCCUCCAAUUCAUCGCCAACAGCAACGGCUGGCUGAGCUUCAACCCCGAAACGCCCCGCCUCUACAUAACCGCCGAAACAGACGACGUGUCUGAGUUCGACCAGAAGACGUUGAAAGCCUGGCAAGAAGAAGGCUUUAAAGUAACCUACGUGCCGUUCGGGAAGGGCGGGAAGGGGUACGUGAACCAGCUGCACCACCUGGGCGAUGGGAUGAGUAUUGGGGAGCGGUAUGCGAUCGUAGCGUUCGGCGAUGCAGCGACUGUUUGUCUGGAGGUCUACGCGGAGCCCUCAACUCAGACGUCGAAGCUGUGCUCGUUGGUUGCGUACUACCCCUCCUCGAUCCCGGAUCCUCGCCAGCGCUUUAGUUCCUCCUUCCGCGUGCUGGUACAUUUGGCUGGUGGCACUGUGGGUGUGAGUCGCCGGCCGGAGGUACUGGGGAUCCAGGGCAAGCGGCGGACCGUGCAGAAGCGCGUUACGCCGGGCAUUGGGGCUGGAGGCUUGCAGAGUAAGAUCGACUACCCAACGUAUACAUACGAGGGGGUUGAUGUGGGGUUCGCGGAGCACGAUCUGGAGGAGUACGACAAAGUCGCUGAUGCAAUCGCCUGGGCAAGGAGUUUGAGUGUGGUAAGGCGGGGCUUUGGAGCUGAAGUGGAGUUGGAGAGGACGUGGGAGGAGAAUGUGGAGGCGAAGUUCCACUCCAAGGACGCGGAUAAGCUACUAGAGACAUUCACGACGUCGCCGAAGCCGUAUGUUAAUUAUACGCCUACGAUGACUGGUGGUAUUGGGAAAGAGGAGCUGCGCCGUUUCUACACCGAUUUCUUCCUUCCCUCGACGCCCCCUUCAUUCCUCAUGCGCCUCCUCUCCCGCACUAUCGGCGUCGACCGCAUCGUGGAUGAGCUCCAUAUCACCUUCAAGCACACAACUGAGAUGCCAUGGAUCUUACCCGGGAUACCACCUACAAACAAGAAAGUAGAGAUUGUCAUCGUCAGCAUUGUCGGUCUACGAGGAGGAAAGUUGCACCACGAGCGAGUGUAUUGGGAUCAGGCGUCUGUGUUGUUCCAACUGGGGCUGUUUGAUCCCGAAGAGGUGGGUGAGGAUCUGAAAGAGAAGGGGGUUGAGAUGCUGCCUGUAGCUGGCGCAGAGGCGGCGCGGAAGGCCAUGGAAGUAGAGAGCGAGAGCGGGAACGAGAUGAUUGAUGAGUGGUGAUUUCACUUUUCUACUUGAAUUUAUGUUCGUGCGCUCUCAUUGGUUGGAGGGUUCUUGGUGGUUGCAGAAUAUUUCGCUUUUUUGGAAAUGCCAAGGCUAUCGAAAGGGGUCUCAAGACAUCGGAGAAAGAUCACAAAUGAUGAGCAGCACGAGGAAAUCACUUUCAAAGUCUUUGUCCACGAGAUGAACGAAUAUGCUUCAACCUAUUGCGUCUCGAAGCACUACACUAAGAUGGGAUCACCAGCUAUAUUCAACGUCACGGCAAAAGCUACAAGCAUCGCAAAACAAAGUCGUCAGAAUCAACAAAAGCAAAAAUCGGUUGACAGCACACCGAGUGUUUAGAAGUUACAUACUAAUCUACCCCAACAAGUAGGAGGAUAUCUCCUAAUCCCAAAUCCCCCCCCCCAAAAAAACGCCAAUGCUAUGCCAAAAUCAAGCAAUGUUAACCUUCCACAAUAAUUACAAUCAACCAAUCACUCAAUACA